AUGGACUCUGAACUGAAAAUGAAGAUCAGUUUAAGAUGCUCCAUUAGGAUAAGGUGUCUUGUUGAGUAUGAUGUGCCCUCUCCGUACAGCAGGGGGCACUACACACUUCAACAAACUCCCUCAGCAGAUUCUACCGAGGAAGACUUGCCUCCUAGCUGGAAAACAGUCCAGCGAUUUAUUUAUUCAGAAAUUAGCAUUUAGUUUGAUCUAGUUUCCCUGCUAAAGUUCCGAGUGUUUAUCUGUGUUACUGCAGGCAGAACUGCAAGCCGUUCACACACACCAGUAGAGUUAAAGCGCUAGCCGGUGCUCGAUGUCGUCGUGGGCGCGGAGUGCGAGGAGCAGCAGGAGGAGACUGUCUCAUCUCUCCCGCGGUGGAGCGAAACCUUUUCGACCUUUCCGAAGUCAGCCAUAUCCUGGACGGGAGGAAAGACAAGACUCACUCCACGAAGCGGAAGGCUUUGAGAAUUUGGAGCAGAGUGAUGAUUACUCCGACCUUACAGACUAUAAAACAUAUGAACCUUCACCUCAUGAGCGAAAUGUUACCUUCCUGGAGGAUGGAGACAAGCACAGCGCUCUGUACCAGAGAUUUUAUCAACAUUUCCAUGGAGAUGGGGCCAAGCAGCCUGCUGACUGUGUCGUGCUUUCUUUUAACAACCAGAAGUUGGACUACGCAAAAUCAUUAGGCCGCUGUUUGCAGGAGCGUGGCCUCAUGGUGGAAAUGCUUUACCUGCAGGCGGAGUCAGACUUGACCCAGGCUCUGAAAGACGUCCGUUCUGAUGGUUCCCCCUUAUGUAUUCUCAUCGAACAGACUAAUGUAGCGCUCUCCUCAUGCACAGUAAUCAUAUUUUCGGAGUCUCUCAAAAUUCACCGCAACAUGCCCAGAGAGCAGGCUCUGGACUUUGUGAUGGUGGAGUACGGGCGUGCGAGCGGCGCCCGGCGUCAGCGUGACCCUGCGGAGGCAGCAGCAAGGGCUUCUGAGCUCUCGGAUGACUACCUGGAGCGGGCCAAGCUGGAGCGCCACGCUGUGCCCUCUGCCACACGCCACCUGCUCCUCCUCAUGGCUGAGGGCCUACACCUGUACCCAGAGGAGCUGGACUCCAUCGCUGCGUAUGUACACAACCGCCAGGACCAUCUGCAAGCAGCCUCUCAUGAAGUAGAUGGUAAAGUUGCUCCUGAGACAAUGAACAGUCUCCCAGCUAGUCUGGGGAAUCCACCACCCCUUCUCCCUAAACCUGUCGGAUCCGUCCCUCCACCCACUGAGCACUCCACACCUCCCACUGGCACAGCCAAGCCAACUCAUGGGCACCCAAUCAGCUCACCAGACUCGUAUCCCAAAACCAAGCCACCUCCUCUUCUUUCACUGAACAUCCUUCAAGGAUCUCCUCCACCACCCCAUGGUCCAACUGGAACUCAAGCUCCCUCUACCUCUCGUGGCCAUCCACCACCACCACACGGUCCCUCUGCCUCCGAGACACGUUCACUACUCUAUGGUCCACCACCUCUCCACGGUCACCCCGCUCCUCAUAGUUCUUCUGCCUUUCACAAUCCGCACCCACUCAGCAGCCCCACAGCACCAAGGGGACUGCUUGCUUCACAUACCACACACCCACCAAGGCCUCAUAAUGGACCCCACGGCUUCCAUAUACAUGGACCACCUCCGUCGCCUCAUGGUCCACCGUUGCAGAAUGGCCCAAGUGGACUCCGAGCACCUCCACCCUUACUCAGGAACCUACGCAUGAGAAACCCAGCAGGAGCAGCAGGGCAGACUUUACGACAUCUCCCUCUAUGAUGACUCAGGAUGGUUAAGCUAGUGCAGUCACAUAUGAACAGAUCUACAUAUUCUUGCAGUUAUAUUACGAUUGUUCAUGUCUUCUGUAUAUUUUGUUUACAAGGUUGAAAAUUUUAUGUAUUAUAAUGUUGUCCUUUCUGUAUUUGGCACAUUCGUGUUAGGUUUCAUUAAAAAAAAGUUCCAGAUUCUUGCGUCAGCUUUUGGAUGUGUGUCAUAACUGUACAACUAUUUCCUUUAUAUACAUGUCCCAUCUACCCUGUUUCUCUAAAGGACUGCUAACACCUGACGUCGUUC